UUUCUACAGUCACGCCGCGGGUUGAUCGCUCAAACGUUCUCCAUCAGAUGGGAGUUUUUCCGUCACUACACACUCAAGCUAAGCAGUCUCUAUCGUACGCUCACCGGUGCAUCGCUCGGCAGAAAAUUCAAGGCGUAAAAAUCAAUCAAACAUACCAAAGUAAAGUCAUGGCAGCAAGUAUGUUUUCCCGUCUGGAUCCGUUCGACUGCCAGGAGGGUGAUUUUGAUUACUACUUGGAGCAGUUUCAAAACUUCCUCGAGCUAAAUUCGGUUGAAGAUGAGAGCAAAAAAGUACCCCUCUUCAUCUCCAGUAUCGGCCAGGACGCGUAUAAAAUAUUGAAGGAAAUUUGCGCACCAUCGGACCCGAAGGAAAAAUCAUUUGACCAGAUAACGGCCCUACUGGUGGAGUACUUUGCCCGGCAGGAAUUCUACCUCCGGAAUCAAAGACCCGGCGAGAAAAAGGGAGUGUAUGUGAACGAGAUGAAACGACUGUCACUGAAAUGUAAUUUCGGACCAUUUGCGCAUCACGCGUUGCGCGAUAGAAUCGCAUGCGGAAAGCUUCCGGAAAAUACGCCAGAUGAGAAACCAUCUAUUCCGGCCGCACCCACCAAUCCAUCAAAAGAGCCAGACGCUCAGCAACAGCAACCGAGUGUACCGCAAGGAGUCCAACCGGUCGCAGAGAAAAAGGCAAAAGGGCCUAAGCAACAAAAAAGUGGUGGAGGAGCUCAGCAAAAGAAAGGUCAUAUUGCAUUGACCAGCCGCGAGAAGGCCAACAAAGCUUCCCAACAGCAGCAACAGCAACCGAUGGAAGUUCACGUGCACGUCCAGCAGAAUACUGCAGCGGCGGGGGCGGAAUAUAACCUCAAUCCGGAUGAUCCACAAAAGCGAACGAGGGGACCAAGGCAGCAGCAGCAAGGCGGACGUUAUGGUGGGGGAGGAGCACAGCAAAGAAGAGGUCAAGCUGCAUUGACCAGCCAUAGGAGGGCCAACCAGCCUGCAGAAGAGGAGCAAUCGUCGUGUGCCGUGAUCAUGUAAAGGGUGGAGAAGGUACGAGAAAGGUGUAUCAUGGCACAACGUGAGAUAGGUUCAAAAUGUGACGAAGAAAUUUCAUGAUGGCAAGUAAUCAUAUUGGUGUAAAAAUUAUCACACCAGGAGGAUUAAUCUCUCUUUAAAAUUGCAUGGAUUGAGCAUACACACUUAAAAUUUAGUACCGAAGUCGGUUCUUUGUUUUAACCGAACAUGAUCAGUUGCCAUCAAAGUACCGAAUAAUUCGGUAAAAAUAUGGUUUUCAGUCACAUGUUUACAAAUAAAACCGAUUGAUCGGAUGCAUUUGGAAAUUUUUGACAGAUAAGAGGUGAGACAGAACCGAAAAAUUCGGUUAAUCAUUCUUGUUUACUGUUUCAGUACUUUAAAACCGAGAAAACUCGGUAAAAUUAAUUCACAGAACCGAACAUCCGUUUCACGGCAGCAAGAUGUUAACGUUUCUGAUCAAAAGAAUUAGGUUCAAAACAAGAUGCAUUUCAUCAUUCAUCAUUGUGUGUACGCUUCGUGGAACGAAUUUUUCAUGUUCAAUAAUAACAAAGUAAUUUCGGAAUAUACUACUGUAAGGUAAGGAAAUUGGAUUGGAAACAGAUUGGAAUUUAUAAUAGAAGUUUUUUUUAUAUCUCAGACCAAUUAUAGGUUUCUACAGAAAAACAAUUUCGAUCACGUUGGAAAUUAUAUUGGACGACCCAAGUCACAACCCAUUCGAGUUUGGGGAACAAGCAAAAAACUGCUGCGUAAUCAAAUUAACAUUAAAUUUAAUAAAACAUGUGUUUAAAGAAUGCUGCUGUGUUUUGUUUUUGUUCUAAACUGAAGUAGUUCCUACGGGCAUCUCAAAAAUCUAAACAACCGAAUUCCGUAGUUUUCUACAGUUCGGUCGGUUGUAUUUGACAACUUCCGGUAUGGUUUUUUAACCGAUUAUACUUCUAGUAAACCGAGUUUUUUUUCGGUAAGUUUGACAAGUGAGAGCUAAAAUAAGUUUACAGAACACUCGGUUUAACUAUCUUGAACCGAGCGGGCAACCGAGUGUUCAGCAGAUAAAAACUCGGUUCAAAUUCAACCGAGUUCGGUCCAAUUUUUAAGUGUGUACAAAAUAUUCAAUUUCAUGUUUAAGUAAAAGUGAACAUAUUGUUAAUAUGCUGUUUUGUAUUCAGACGCAUCCACGUUUCAAGUCGUAGGUAGGACAAAUAGAAGAAAAGCCAAUGGUGGUUUUGAGAAAUCGAUGCAUAUUUUACACAUUAUCAUUUCCAAAUAUCAAAAAUCUGGACCUAUCUUUACAUAAUUUGUUAAAUGUUCAUCGAUUUUCCGAACAAAUAUCGCAUUUCUAAUAGCCAUGAUUGUACAUUUCGUGUUUUGCUAGUUGCUUUUUUAAUUGAAUGCUGGUCACA